CACCGUUUUUCGGUGGGUCCCACGGAACUUCGCAGUGUUUUUCCGAGCAUUUAAUGAGCUUAGAAAAUUCUGAAAAAUUUAUGUACUAACCCCCGUGUUAUGGGCUUCGUGUAGGUAUCCUCGAUUCGCGGAAAUUCGACAGUUGACCGGGUCUGCAAAUUUCGGGCCAGACAGACCCGUUACCGGAAAAGUCUCCGAAUUGGACCGAGGUUUUGGCUAGCCCCCCAUUGUCAGACGUUCCGAGCGCGUUCCCGAAGUCGGAAUCGGCAAAGGAAAAUGCGUAGAAGCAGGAGAGCUGCCACUGCACCAGAACCAGAUGUGCCUGACGAGGUGUCGGCACAGGAUGAGGCGCCUGCCCCGAGGAGGCGGGGUAGGAGGCCUAGAGCUGCUCAAGUAGAGGAGCAGCCACCCCCAGUACAGGAUCAGUCCUUUAUGGAACAGGGUCCCAUGGACCCCAUGGCAGCUACUCUAGCUGGUCUGCAGAGAACCAUCGACAUGAUGGCGCAGUAUAUGGUCCACCCUCCACAGCAGCAGCAGUCCACCGCACCAAGAGAGGAAUCUUACAAACAGAUCAUAAAUUUCAAGAAGUUGGUGCCUGGAACUUAUGAUGUGUCAGACGAUGCAUAUCGGUUUUUAGAUUCCUGA